AUGUCAAAACGCACAACUUUCACCACAAUCUCCCCCCUACCCCCGGGAAUCAGUCGUGAUGCCGUCCUCGCCUUCCUACACAACCACAUUGAGAUGAUUGACCUGAACCCCCUCAUCAAAGAGCGUCACCUCAUCACCGCCCCCGCCAACGCCCCUCCCGAAGAGCACGCAUGCGCCUGGUACUCCCUCACCGAUGAAAUCUCCUACCUGCCCGGCGGCCUGGCCACGGGCAACGUCAGCUACACCUGCUGUUUCCACGACCUGCCCACCGGCCUGCAGACCCACUGCUACGCGCCCAUGGGCCUCGAGAUCCGCGACAAGUGGACCGUCGCCGGCUCCCUGCCCGGAGAACCCGUCGAGCCCGUUGAGCUCGGCAUCGGCGCCCCGCUUACGGGCCUCUACAUCCGCGAAGACGUCGACAUGCGCUGCAACGUCUUCACCACGUCGUUUGUCAAAAAGACGCUGAAAAAGAGCCACGGUCUGCUGGUCGACCGUCUCAAGUCAAAGGUCCACCGCACAGUCAUCGCCGCCGCACAUCAACGGCACGGCAGCCAAAACUCACUAUCGGGAUCUGUCAGGUCCGGCUCCAGCGGCAACAGCGCAUCGCAGUCGCAGCAUCAAAUGUACCCGAAUCCGGCUUACACCAACAACGCCCUCGGCAAUCAGAUCAGUCUCCCGUAUAGACCCUCACAUCACAACCCUGCAAUCGCACCGACGCCAGCACCAACACCACCAGCCAGCGACGGCUCUGCAAACUCACUAAACGCCUACCCGGAACCUCUCCGCGUCCGCCGCACUACCCCAGGCGCAACCUCGACAGCGGGAGGCGAUGCUGGUCAGCAGCGGAAUGAGUGUCAGCAGAACAGUGGCGCAACUCUGCAAGGGCCCUUUGUUGCUGAGCUGGAGUGA